CUUGGGGGUCAAACUAGGUAUGACUGUUUUAAAUUGACUGUACCUAUAGGUUUUUCGAUAUAUCUAUUGAUACAAUAUAUGAGUGAUAAAUUACUCCAUCUCGAAGAAUCAUUGCGUAAUAAUACUUCCGUAUCCAUCAAUGAUGGUAAUAUUAGUAAUGGUGACUCUCGUUUAAAUCUAAAUUCCCACUAUUCGUCACGGAAUUAUUCUAACGAUCAUGGUUCAGAAUCUGCAUUGUUGGAGGAUUGUGACCGAGGUUUCGUUACUAAACCAGUAGUAACAAGACCAACACUAGGUGACAAGCGUAACAGUACUGCGACUGGAAGUAGUAGCAGCGGCAUUGGUACAAUGCCAGGGGGGAAUAAUCGCACUGGAUCCAACAUCAUAGCUUUAAGUGGCUACGAGAAAGACAAAUUUUCACUAACUUCUCGUGAAAGCGAGAAACAACUAAAAAUGCCCGUUGUUACUCAAGAUCAUUCCAAUGAUAGUCAGAAUAAAUCUAGAGAAUUAUACCGUACUCAACUAACCGAUUUACAAUUAAUGAGACGUAAAACAUACGGAAAUGCACGUUCUAGCAGUCCUACAGUUAGUACAGAUACCAACUCCGAAACUCAUGUUCCAAAUGAAAAUUGUAAUGAUCAAUCUGCCUUAUCAAGGUCAAGGAAACGUGCAAGAAGUGAAGUCCCUAGGAUGGGAUCUACUGGUUCAAAUAAUUUAUCAUCGAAUCCCUUACUCAGAUCGGUUAAUGAUGACCAAGAAGACAGUGAAGACGGCGAGCGAGUUGCUUUGAAUAAAGGUAAUUCACGCUCAGAUAUUGAAGAAGAUGGAUUUCAUACUGGAAAUGAUUUCGACGUAGGCAUUCGUGGUAGACACCGCCGUCAAACGUAUCAACUAAACAGCCAUCAGAGAGACUCAUCUCUAGGUCGGUAUACACGAUCGACAGCGUAUGGUUCUUCAGGAGGCACAUUGCCUCGUCGGCAGCGUAUGACAGGGAGUCUAACUCGGGCUACCACAAUCAGUGGUGUUGAUCCACAUGGUACUUUAAGAUCAGCAUGUAGGCUUGCUCACUCUAUUCGUGCUGGUAUUAUUCCACCCCCACCAUCAGAGCCUCCUCCUGCUACACCACUCUCUGGUUCGUUGAUAUCUGAAUUAGAAUCUAUUGGACCAAAUGCAGUUACUGGUUUACUAAAUCCAUUCGCAUUACAGCUGCAUAAUUCACAACAACAACAACAACAACAACAGGCUUUAGCAGCAGCUGUUGCAGCAGCCGGUGGAUUUCCACAAGUCUUAUCAGGUGUCAAUCAGAAUAAUCUAACCAAUUCUUAUAUGCUUAGUCCUGCUUUAUUGAAUGCUGAGACUAAUAAAUUACUUCAAUUACAACAAGCUAAACUAAUAGCUCAACAUCAAGUUGGUUUGGUGGAACAACAAUUACGUCAGCAACAGCAGCAGCAACAACAACAGCAACAACUUCUAGCUGCUGCUGUGGCUGCCAACAGUUUAAUGCAAAAUCCCACAGUAAAUGGUCAUACUCUAUCAAAUGGAUCAUAUCUUCAAGGUUUCGGUACAUAUGGUCGUACAUCACGGCCUGGUUCGACCAUCCCACCUUCUAUGCAGUCAUAUUUAUCCCCAGGAAAUUUAUUAGCUGUUCAGCAGCAACAGCAAUUAGAAGCAAAUCAAUUAUUAUUAUUAAACGAUGCAAGUGUACAAAUGUCGACAUUGAAUUUUACGGGCUCUCCAUCUGUGAAUCUAUUGAAUUCAGAAUUAAAUGAAGCAGCCAGUAUAAGCAAAUCAUCCGCAGACUGUGGUGGUGGAGGCGGAGGAUCAGGUUCAGUGGUUUAUGAAAACUCCUACAGCUCAUUCAAUAAACUUUUGACAAACAGUGUUCUGCCUGACUCAUCUCUAUGUCAACCCGGUUUACAAUCAUUUAUUUCUACUAAUGGAUCAAAUCCGAAUGAUGCAAUUUAUAUAGGGAAUUCACAAAAUGUAUCAAUCAUGAAUGGUACGAUUGGGCAUGAUAAUAACACAGCUCCUCCACUAGUCCAAACGUUUAUAUCUUCCGUACAACAAUCACAGCAACAACAGGGUCGUUCAAAUAAUCCCGGGCUAAUUGACUCUACUAGAAGUAUUGAACCAACUUAUUCCACUACAAAUGAUGCUUUACGUGCCAAAUCAAAGUCUCAUUCAGAUUCAGUGGUUGUUGUUGAAAGAAAAUCUAAACGCCAUUGUCCAUGGUAUUACUGGAUUAUUAGUAUAUUGAUAUUAGCCUUCCUUCUCGCACUUGUACUGGCUGUAUCCUUUUCAGAGGAGAAGAAACGUUUAGACCAUCGGUUACAAGAACGAUUCGCUCAAGAUCCUGCGAUUAUAGGUCUUUUUGAUCCUAACUCACCUCCAUAUAUCUUAGAAGCAAAUAAGCCUGUAAAUAUUGUUCUAGAGCCAAUGAAAUCAUGGUCAGGUCAAUGGCAUAUGCCCACAGCGCGUUAUAUACGCUAUAAUAUUACAGUAUCUUCGUUAGCCUCAUCAAUUGGUAUAUUUAUGCGUCACAACACAAUGCCAACCAUUAUACAUUAUGAUAUAUUCGAUAGGAUAACUGGACAUAAUUUGUUAGCAAAUUCUGGUCGACAAGAAUUAGGCAGUCGUACAAAGCGUUCCACUCAAUCAACUAAUCGAAAUUCAAAGUCUUUAAUUCAUAUAGGUCCUAAAGAUGAAUUACGUGAAACUGGGCGUUUGCAUUAUUUAGAUGAAGGGAUAUGGUUUCUGGCUUUGGUUAACGAUCAACCUCGUCGUGAACCAAUCAAAUUCGCUAUCGGUGAUGCAGUAAUGCGACGAGGUUGUCCAAAUGAUUGCAGUAAUCGUGGUGUGUGUGAUGGUGGUGUUUGCGAUUGUGUGAAUGGAUUCAAAGGUCCAGAUUGUUCAAUAGCUGAGUUACCAAAAGUUUGCAGUGGGCAUGGUGAUUACGCAUCUGGUGCUUGUCGAUGUUAUCCUGAAUGGAAAGGUCAAGAGUGUCAGACAUUAUGGUCUGAAUGUGAAGAUCCUACCUGUUCAGGUAAUGGUCGUUGUGUUGUUGGUGAAUGUCAGUGUUAUGAAGGUUAUGCUGGAAAUUUGUGCCAGACACGAACGUGUAUCUCUUUCAAUUGUUCUGGUCACGGAGUUUGCAUGAAUGGAAAUUGUCGAUGCUUCAAUGGUUGGUCUGGUAUCGGUUGUGAGCUACCUGUACCUAAUCAUUUAAUAAAUUCUGAACUAAUUCAUCCGUCUAAUGGAGCAUCUACCUCUGGUAACACGGGUAAUGGAAAUAAUGAUAAUAAUAAUAAUAAUAAAAUGUUUAACCGAUUAAUGAUGAAGUCACUGUCUUCUCCUUCUUCAUCGUCUGUACGAGCGAUGGGAUUAUCAUCCGCACCUGUUAGGUUGUUGUUGGAUGCAGCAUCAGAACAAGAAUGCACACUCGACUGUAGUUCCCACGGUGUAUGUGAAUAUAUGGAUGGUUAUGAUCAGCCUGUAUGCCGAUGCUUUUCUGGUUGGACAGGUUCCGAUUGUUCUACAAAACGAUGCGAUACUCGUUGUUUUAUAAAUGGACAUUGUACUAAUGGUACAUGUAUUUGUAAAGUCGGUUGGAAUGGAAAAUACUGUACAUUAGAUGGUUGCCCAGAUCAUUGUAAUGGACACGGUCAAUGCAUCAUGAAUACAUUAACUAAUUUUUAUUAUUGUCAAUGUUCUCCUGGUUGGUCAGGUAGUGCGUGUCAACGACAAAUCGAAACAAUAUGUGAUGAUGGAAUAGAUAAUGAUCAUGAUGAUCUUGUUGAUUGUUUAGAUCCCGAUUGCUGUACAUCGACACAUUGUGACCGACUCAUUAAACUUGGUCCAAAUGCUGGUGGUCUAGCUGCUGAUAACGCUCAACAAAGUUGUGCACAUAGUGAAUCAUUUGAUUAUUACUUAUUAAUUACACCGAUUGCACCCUUGGACAGUGCAUUUUAUGGCCAAUUAGAAUUCCUUCUAAGACGUGAACGUAUUGUUGUAGAGAACUUUGAUCCCAGACGUAUUUCCGUUGUUCGUGGUGUGGUUCGUCAGUGGGAUGGAACUGUAUUUUGGGGUUGUCGUGUAUCCGAUCGAGCUAAUAUGCAAAAUGGAUAUACACUAACUGAUAAGAAUGGAAGAUUUGACUUACCAGUUGAUGGGGGAACAAUUGUUCAGUUAGAAUUCUUACGGUAUCCGACUGAUCGAUUUUCAGCCAUACAUAAUUUAUAUGUCCCUGUUAAUCAAAUUGUCAAUAUGGGUGAUUUUUAUAUGUAUGAUGCUAAACAAUUAUCACAUAAUGACCUACCCACAACAAUAACAACGAAAACUACAACAAAUAAUAUUAUAUCAGGGGAUUUUGGGGGUACACUUGGUCCAUCACCAAUACACGGGGAUCUAUGGAUUAUGAACAGUUUUAUGCCCAAGUUCUCAGAUAAAGAUAUAGUCGUAGAAAAUUUAUGUAUUAGUGGAAAUAUACAUGACAUAGUUACACUUGGUGGUCCUUAUAUCCAAAGCAAUUCAUUAAUGGAUAUUUCUACUAUUUGCCUAGAUGAGCAAAAUGUCAUAUGCGUCAGAAAUGGAGCAUUGAUGUAUAAUAUUCCGAUAAAGGAUACACAACUGCGGCUUAUAUACCGUUCCGAUCGCACUUCCGGUUACAAACCUGGCAUAUCUAUUCAUUUAUUAGCAUCGAAUCGCGCUCCACCUUUGAAUUUGAAAGAAAUUCACUUAGUAAUUGAUAUUGCUGGUCAACGCCACGUGAAGCUUUUAGAACCUGAACCUGGCUUACUAAACACUUUCUACUGGAAUAAAACGGAUGGUUACAAUCGCUCUGUUUAUGGUUUAGCUGAAGCUAAAGUAUCUGUUGGUUAUGCAUACACGAACUGUCCACGUAUUUUCUGGGAAUAUCGAGUUGUCCAACUACCCGGAAGCGAACUAAUCAGUUCAGAUUUAGCUAAUUGGAAUUUAAAUAUUUUACAUACGUAUGCGGUUAGUCAUGGGAUUAUUUAUCGCGGUGAUGGUUCACAUUUCUACUUGAAACAAACAGACUGGCAUAUUAGUGCAGUCAUUGGACUAACUGAACAACGUCGACCGCCAAACGACUGUAGUCAAUGUUCAAUUAAUGAUAAACCAACUCGACAAUUAUCUCUACGUAACCCAUACUGUUUACUAACUGAUUCAGUUGGCAAUCUUCUAAUUGGAGAUGGGGGAUUUUUACGUUGGUUAAAUUCAACUAAAUCAGCCGAGGAGUACAAGUCUUCAUCAGUGUUAUCGUCUUCCUCACUAUCUUUUAGAGCGCCACUGAUAAGAUCAGAUUCACUAAACAGUCCAUUUCAAGAACAAUUAAAACGUAAUGAUCGUAGAAGAUGGGAAACAAUAAUUGAUUACAAGCUUGACUUUCUUCAAUCCAAUUUUGAUGAAGAUCAGUUAACAAACUAUUUUAUAACUGUUCAUCCAAAUUAUAUAUAUCGUACAAACGAUUACACUAUGGUAACAUUAUUAGGGAACAGUGGAAAUGUUGGUGGAGCAGACCUUUCAAAUGGAUUAUUCCUGUCACACACGAGUAGUAAAAGCAUAUGGUGGCUAAAAACUACACCAGAUUUAUCAGCACACUUACUUAUUGGAGGAAAUUGUCAAUCGCCAAGCUCUAAAUCUAACAUUAAUUCUGAAUCAUCGUCCUCAACUGCAUUCAACUAUCAAGAGUUCUGUAUUAAACAGAAUUUGAAAUCCCCUAAAGGAAUUGUCGCUACACAAACGGAAUUGUAUUUUAUUGAUUCUCAAUCUAUUUGGUCAUUGUCGUUACGGCAAACUGGUUCUAGUACGAUCCCAUUUUCCCGACUUGUAAUUGGAAGUGAUCCAAAUUAUUUAUCAAAUCCAAAGUCACUUAACACAACUACCUCAGGGACCAGUAUUCAAAAAACAACUCCAUCUUCAUCGACACCACCUUGUGACCGAUCUGUCCCGGGAAAUCAGAUGUUGUUAAAUAAUCCUGAACACUUAGCAUUUAGCACCUUAGAGCAAACAUUAUACUUCUCUGAUAACGACCAUGUUUAUCGGUACCAUUUAGUCAAUCAAAUGGUAUCGUUAGCAGCUGGACGCCUUAAAGGCUGUCCUAUUAAAACAGAUGAUUGGAGUUUUGCUCCACUGGCAACACAAGUUGAAUUAGGUGAUAUUCGUGGUCUCAGUGUAUCAGCUCAAGGUGAUUUGUUUAUCGCGGGACCUCAGCAUAUAUGGAUCCGUCGGUCGAAUGAUAAUCGCUUGUAUCCUAUUACUGGAAUUCAUCCUAGUCAACCUAGACAGUUCAAGGGAGAUGUGAAUAAUUCAAAGAAACGUCAUUCUAGCACUGAUGAAAGUGUUAUAGAUUUAGGAUUAGUCAAUGAAUUUUCAUUUAACAGUAUUAGCAGUAUAACUGUCAGUUUAUUUGGUGAACUAUUUGUAGCCGAUAAUUCACAUAACAGAGUAUAUCGUAUACAUUAUCAAUUGCCGGAAAAGUCUGAAACAGGCAACACAUAUCGUAUACUAUACUCACAAACAGAUGAAAUCGAUUCAUUCGGUUCUUAUGGCCAAUUGAUUUCAACUGAGAGUGCUUCUACUCAAAUGAUAUCACAUAGACUGGAUUAUCGUAAUAAUGAAAUAAGCGGUUGGCUUUCACAAAUUCGUGGUGAUGAUCAUAAUAUUAAAUUAAGUAUACAUCGUGAUACACAUGGAAAUCUUUUACGCCUUCAAACCCCAACAGGUCAUCUGUACAAUGUAACACUGGAGCCUGGUUCUGGACAACGCAUUAGUACUCUUGUUGAUCCAGUUAACGGAGGUCUUUGGAAAUUUCUUUAUUCAUCAGACGGUCUCUUAACUUAUUUAAAAAAUCCACAGGAUUCAAGUUAUACACAAUUUCACUAUGCUCCUGAAUCAGGUCGUUUGCUACAAAUUACAUAUCCGAACGCUAAAUCUAUUGAUGUAGCUCGUAUUGUCAGGAGUCAAAUCCCUGUGAAUAUGAGAUUUCAUACUUUGGAUGAAGUUUCAAAUCAAGAUAAUACACCUAAAAGUGAUUCAACAAAUACUCCUGAUCAGUUGUCCACAGUAAUCAUGAUACAAACUACGGAUUCGAAUAAACAUGAGAUGGAAAUCGACUAUGGCGAUUCAAAUAAUCUUUGGAAAGUUCUUCUAGCGCAAGUUUAUCAAAUUCGAAAGGAUUUAUACGCACCAGUACAAUUGGUUCGACAAAUCACGAUACCUGGGAAUAGUAUAAGAAAUGCAAUUGAACAUACAAAUGUAUGGACAUAUCAUUUGAAUGAUCAAAGUAAUCCAAGAAUACUUGAUACUCAUACUUCAAUAGGUGGUGGAGGAUAUUCAGAUUUUGGCGUAAAUUUUGAUAAGAAGUCACAACCAUAUCACUUUUUUAAGAAUCAUUUUCGACGUAGUAUUUCGGCACAGAAUUAUCUAUCUGGAUCAGAUUUACAUCGUUCAAAACGUCAAAUGUCCCAUCCUUUUUCUAAGAGAUUUACUGCUCGGUCUAUUUUUAAUUAUAAUGACAAGAAUUAUAAUAAUCUCGGUGAAGAAGUAGACUGGCAUUAUCAGAAGACCCUGACAGUGAAUGGUCAAAAUCUGCUCAAUGUUAAUUUUAACUGGGCACUACAAUUAGAAACUUAUCAACACGCUUCAACUGGACACAUUCUUUUGCAAGUCGUGUAUAAUGCGAAUUUUCAACCGAUGAUUUUUAAUGCUUCUGCAAAUUACUUGCAAUCGGCGGGAGCACAUGAAAUGUUUUAUCCAACAAAAGCAGAUUAUAUACGACCAGCUACAUUGAUACUUGCAUAUACAAAGACUGGACAUUUAAGUGCAGUUGAGUGGGGAAAUGCAAGUUAUCAUUUUUCCUAUGAUGUUCUGAAUCGAUUGAAAGCAGCCGAUUUAGGAAGACCUGCGGAUACUUUAUCAUUUCAAUAUGGAAUCCAAAAUAUUCCAUUUCAGCCAACAAUGGUUUCUGUGAGUGGAUCAGGUCUCUACACAUUACUUUAUUCUGAUAGCUUUAUUGGGUCUAGUGAACAUCAAGAAGCUAGUUCAUUAUCAUCAUCAAAAUCAGACUAUAUGGGUCUUUCUGGAGUUAUCACUCCAACCGGUCUUAGACGUCAGUUUACUCGAAUCAAUGGAAUAAAAGUUAAUCGUUUGAUGUUUACACCAUGGCUAGACUCACCCGGUUCCUGGGUCUAUGAAUGGGGAAGUGAUGUUGGUAGUUCUAUGAAAUUGUCAUCAGAUCAUUCACACUUGCUUCGUUUCAUAUGGCCAAGUAGUUAUAGGCGUAUAUCAAUAUUUCCUAAACAAAAUUUCGUAAUUUACGAUAAAACAUCAGUUCGAUGGGAUUCUAAUGGUUUGAAACAACCAGUUAAUAUAUUAACUGCUCCACUUGUACAGUUGACGGAUACUGCAUCUGGUUUUCGGUUACAGUAUCAGCGUACCUUUCAAGGAAGUUUAUUACAAUCUUUGCAUAUAAAUCACCGACUACCAGGUGUAAAAACUGCCCAUCCUAAUCUUGGGGGAAUCCUGAAUGCUAAAUUCACUUAUGGUUAUGACUUAAAUAUGAAUCUUAUAAGUAUUCAUACAUCAUUGUUUAUAAGGAAUAAUGAAGACGAUUUUGGUAAUACAAUUAAUUCUGAUGAUAAGACAGUAUUGAAUGAAGAAUCAUCAAUCCGAUUAGAUUCAUUAACUGGUCGUGUAUUGACUAUGAAUGAAUUCACUAUCAAUCAUCAAUCCUCUUCAUUGCAUAUAACUUAUAAUUUAAAAAAUAUACAAAUUUAUCGUCAAUGGGAUGAUCGUCAACGUAUUAUACAAUGCGUAUUGCAUUCACUUAACAGCAGACGUGAAUUGUUAUAUAACUUGUCAUUAUCAUAUCAACCAAACGCUUUACAAGCCUUACAACAACGUGAAGAACGUGAAGGUCAAGUACCACGAUGGAUCACGUAUGUACAUGGUCCAGGUGGACGUAUAGAAGCUGUGGACCGUGAAGAAGCUGGUACAAGUUUAAGAUCACAUAGCCAGUUGAUUUACAAUGCUGAAGGACGAAUAGCACAUCUUCGUAUAGCUACAUCAGAUCCUCAGCUACCAUCGAAUGAGCGGUCAGAGUCUGGAUUAACAAGCCGUUCAGAAGAACUACAGUUCAUUUAUGACUCAAGAGGUUUAUUGGCAAAACGAGGCAACUGGCACUAUAAUUUUGAUGAAGAUGGAUUCCUGAUAAAACGCCAUUUACACAAUCUUUAUAUUACAGAUCAAUUUGCUUACAAUAGUAAAGGAUUGUUGAUAUGGGCCGAGCGUGCAGUUGACAAAAGUGUUGAUUCAUCGUCCACUGACAAUUUUCAUUCAACACCAUCGUCAUCAUCACCAUUGGAUCAAUGGGCUUUAGAGGAUGACGCCGGCUUAAAGCGUUCUUACUCAGUUCAAUUCAUUUAUGAUUCUGAAGAUCGGUUGAUAAUUGUGCGUGAUACCUUAAUUGUACGGGAUUCAGUUCAAUAUUUCUACGCUGAUCCCAAACACCCUACACGUGUAACACAUAUUUUUAAUCAUGGACGUUUGAAAACUAUCCGACUGUUAUAUGACCCUGUACAUGGUCAUGUAUUUGCUUUAGAACAAUAUGAUAAUGGUGGUUUAAAUACAAAUAACGGUAAAAGAAACAAUCUGAAUUCUAAUAGUAUUCCAUCUCCAAUGAACUCCUUCGAUGAUAAUCAGUUUCAUCAUGAUUCUACUAAUUCGGCACAAAAACGUGUAUUUUUCAUAAUUACUAAUCAUGAAGGUAGUCCAACUGCCGCAUUUUCCGAGAAUGGAAAGUUGGCAUGGGCUGCUGAAUACUCCGCUACAGGAAGUCGACGUCUAACAUUAUCUAGCCGCAACAAUUUCUUCACACGUGCCCUUAUUGAAGAAGUUGAUUUACCACUGGGUCAGGCCUCGUGCAUUACCGAUUUUCAUACUGGAUUUCUUUUCUGUCCACCAACUAGUCGUGCAUAUGAUCCUCUUGGUGCAACAUUUACUAGUCCGGAUUGGCGAGGCCUUAUUUCCACUCGACUUCCGAAUGUUAAACGUGAUCCAUCAGUAUUAGAUACUCACAAAUGGGGUCUGACUGAACAAGAAGCGUUAGGAACUGGCCCGAAUGGUCUCUUUGCAGAACUUCGUAAAGCUAUGACAUCACCUAUUUGGUGGCUUAAACAAGUUGGUUUCAAUCUGGACAAUUUUCUGACAAAGUUUGAUACGUUUGAAGGAAAGGUGGAUAGCAGUAAAAACUCACUCAAAAAUUCAUUGCCUUUAUUUCCAAUUGAUAUUACAUCCAUUCAUUCAUUUGAUUGCAUUCAUAACCAAGGUUAUAAACAGUUAAACAGCAAAUUCGAGCAUCUCAGUAUGUUGAAGUCUAAUCAGUUAACUCCUGGUGGACCACAUGGUAGUGGGCUAUCAAGCUUUCUUCUUGACUCAAGAGAUGUUAAUGAUGAAAUGUCUUUGCCUCUGUUACCCGCAAACACAAUGUUCGGACCUGAAGUAAGUUUACGACAAUUCAUUUUUAGAAUUGUUAUGUUCAUCUCUUUAGAACGGAUUUCCUAUCAACUCCAUUGAUAACAACGGCUCAAUAUCACUUUACUUUCUCAAUCUUUGUUAUCUCGUAUAAUCUAAUUGCAUUUCUUUUUAUAGUACUCAGUGUUUUUAAAUAGAGACUCAGGUUUCCUGAAAUUAUUGCACCUAUAAUUCAAGUUAAGAAAAGUAGAAUUUUGGAUAAAGUAGCUAUAAGUCAUAUAAACUGACACUUUCCAAUUUCACUUUUACCAAAUUACAUAGAUUUCAUUUCUUUUCCUAAAUGAGUAUGUGUAUCGUUUUAGGAACUUUCACACAGUUUAGCACAUGCUUUUACAGAGUAAUUUCAGUCAAAAUCACCAUACUAAAUGCUAAAAUUCAAAGUAUUUUCAAUAGCUACUGUCAUGAAUUCUGCUAUAAAAGCUAUAGAAGACAGAAUUACCGAAUUUCUAAUUGUUCCAUUGUUUUUAACUGUUUCUCUUUCUUGUUUUUUAUCACCUCAAGGUCGGUUAUGUAGUUGACGAUGAUACUGGAUCUGUUAAAGUUAUCUCCAUCAAUCAAUCCCAGCCAACCAAGACGCAAUUUCAAGAUGUAUCAAUCGACAGUUCACUAGAAACAGAACUCGCUUCUAUACUUAUAUCAGAUACAAACCUUGUAGAUUGGUGGAGUUACUCGAAAUCAUCCUUCCCUUCCUCUCCAUCAUCAUCGUCAACAACAACAACAACACAAACAGCAGUAUCACAGCUCAGUACAACACUAUUCAUUCAACUAUUUCUAGCAACUAAAAAAGAUUUUCAUUCUACAGUAAAACAAUUAACUACAUUAGGUUUCCAACUACCAAUGUAUGAUCGUAUUAGUGGUAUCAAUUUAACAAUAAUGAAUACAAAUGAAAAAUAUAAAGAAUUAUGGAUUACACGAUAUAAUUUACAAUGGAGAAUAAGAUAUUUCAAUUCACCAUAUCCAUUAUCACCCACGACAGCAUGGUCUGUUCUAGUCAAUUCAACUGUUGACGAUGCUAAAAGACGUGGAAAAACAUCAGCUUGGUUGAAUGAAGUUAAAUUAACGCAGCAAUUCAUCCCAACACUCAAACCAACACCAUCAAAAAUCGACCAUCUUAAUAUCAAUCAAAAUAAUUUUGUCUAUCAUAAACUAACAUCCAAGUAUAUUUUGGGAUUCAAUUACCCAUGGAAUAGGCAUGAACUCAGCGAAUUAGUACAAAACAACACUGUUAUGAAUUAUCGUUGGAUCCCAACAAUAGAUUUUCUACAAUACUCAUCUUCUCCCUCAUUAUCUUCUGACACUUCUGCAUUAUGUAGGCUAUAUGAUCAUUCGAGUAUGUAUCAGAUACGACCAAAGGAAUUAAAUAAACACGAAGAAAAAGAUUUGCAAAAAUAAACGGAAAAUCCAGUUUUCAUUGUAUAUUAUAAUCAAUAUUUUCCAAGGUUAGUCUAUCAACCACAUGUUAGCUUUUUUAGAUGUUUUUUUAUCUAAAUGGUCAAGUUAGAAUUGAAGUAAUUUGUUGUAUUAUUCACAAGCCCGUAUUAAAAAUGGCACAACUAAAUGAGACUGAAUUUUGAAAUUCCACCCUAAUUCCCCCCAGAAAACAAGAAAUUCAAACCACAAUAUGUGGACCUACUUAACAAUGUGAAAUAUCAAUAAUACCGGCAUAAAAACUAUUUAUGAGCUGUAAAAUUACUGAGCCAAAUCGGUAAUCCUACUUAGCCAAACCUUGAUGGUUUAAUUAGCUAAUUGUUAUUCUGGUUGUUUAUGAGAUCCAAUUCGAGGCUUCCAAUCCUAAUGAGAAUCAUGUCUUAUCGAAGCGAUUUAUUAGUGAUAUAUAGGGCUUAGUGUUUAAAUAGAAAAAAUAUAAAGUUCUUCCAAUAUUAGUUCAGUUAGCGAAGCAAUAAAUUUAGGUGUAAUUGCAAUUAAUUUUGAGAUUAAUUGACACAUUACUAAAUUUAAUCAGCAAGUAUUUAUGAUCAUUGUUCUAACAAUCAUAUUAUUAUGGUUAUAUUAGUAGUAGUAGUAGUCUUGGGACACAAUAGUAUUAUUGAUAAAUAGGAUAUUAUGGCAAACAAUAAGACUUUAAUUAUGAUCAUUUAUCGAGUUGUUCCUCUAUCGAUUAGUUAUUGUUUGAUGUAACUAUGUACAAUAAAUACCCUAUACAUGUGAGCGAAGCAUAGUUUUGUAACGUGUGGACUGCAGGUUAGAUGUGCAGCGUAUUUAUCGAUCGCAUCAGUGACACGUAAAACACGUAAGGACGACCUAGAGUCCCGAUUGGUCCCGCUUCCCUGUCUAGCCCAGCCAGUUGAGUCUAGAACGCAAGUCACAGCCUCUGAGUUAUGAAUCGUUAUAUUCCAAACACACUCUGUUUAUAUACCAACCAAACAGACCACAUCGUACCAUAAAAAUAGAAAACAACAUCUGUACAAUAUUUAACGAGUGAAAUAAAUAAUGGCCAAUAGGAAAUGCCCAUUUAGAGUCCAAGGACAUCAUUAGACUUAACAUGAUAAUUAUUGGUAUAUUCCUCAGCAUCCCUAACACAUAGUGUCUAGAUCGUCACUAAAAAAUUACCAUACAUUGUUUAAUACUUAAUUAAUGUAGUCAUACAAUAUCACUGUUGUAAAUUGAGAAGAAGGAAUUCUGUAUUAUGUGAAUGAAUAAGUAAUAUAUCGGAUUAUCUUGAAUAUCCCUAUUUCUAAGGAGACUAGAUUCCGAAAAUAAAAGAACCAAUUUAAUAAAUGGAACGCUUUCAAAGAAGAAACUUUUGCUCAGCAAAAAAAAUGAAAAAGUUACAUUAAGAGUUUAUUUUAUAUAUUCGUCCUGUCAAAAGUAAAGCUAAUGAAAAGUACCUCAAUUAGUAGAGUAGUUAUUUCGAAAAAAACAUCCUCAGACUAAUUAAAAGCCAGUAUGGGUAUAGUUUUUGUACUCAAAAGUUCUGUCUUUCUAUAAUUUUAUUGAUGAAAGUGGUAUAAGACGUUUUUCGCCUUUCCUUAUCAGAUUGUAAGCUUAAAACUUCAAUUUUGGCCUUAAUUCUACCACAAUCUUCCAUUGAAGUUAAUAAUUGGUGAUGUAAGUUUCAAUAGUCCUUUUAUAAUAACCACUUUGUCUGGUUAAAAAUGAACGUUUAAUGUAACUUGUUCAUACGAUAUAUUAAAAAAUAGUAGGUAUUCAAAAGGACGGUUUAAAUAAGAAGGAGGGUUUACUAGAAAUCCAGAUUUCCUCUGUGCAUCUAGCAGCUAAUUACUUUUUGUGGAAGAGAGCGGAGAAAACGUACCUUGAUAUUUCUUUUACAUCUUGCCCAAGAGAUAUAACUGAUAACAGAUAGUUUUUUCCCUAGUUUUUUUUCCAUUCCUGAAUCAUAUAUAAGAAGCGUUUUGAACAAAAUUGAUACUUUCAACUCGAUAUUGUCUACCGAAUCGGGGAACCUAUAGCUCUGAAAGGUUGUAAGUGGUUGACUUUGAGUAACAAUUUCCUAAACCAAUAAAAAGUAUUUUGCGACUGUGGUGACGGGCGUGACAUUGAAAUAUGAGUUGACUCUAAUUUGGUUAAUCCACAUUUCAAUCAAUGAAAUAUUAUUUGGUCGUUGAUUCAUUCUGUAGGUUUAUGGAUUCUUGGUUUAAUCACUUUCAGUCAGAUGUCGUACAAAAGUUGCAAAAAAUCUUUCUGUAAUACAACAAUGUGAAACAAUCUGUAUGUCGAAUCCAAUUACAUUUUGUAAAUAAUACCUUAUUGUUUUUUGCAAACACAUUAACUUUUGCUCUUGUUUUUACUUUUUUUCAGUUAAAGAAAAAGUAUUGAGGUGGAAAUUGAAGACUAGUUCAUUGCUACAAUAAUAUUACGUAAUCUAAAAAAAUAUCUGGUAAAAAUUACUUUGUUUAUAUUACUGUCUGUUAUUUUUUGAGCAUUUAUUCCACAGACUGUGUUCAAUCUAUUCAACGUCUUUCAUGAAUGUUUCUCCUUCAAAAACAAGCGAUUUAUCUACUUGAAUGCUUAUUCCUCUUACAUAUAAGCGAAGGAAUCAUUUUUGAAUAGAGUUAUGGAAUAACAAUUUAAGAGAAAACAAAACGGAACUAUCCAUCUCGUCAUAACUGUCUCUUUAGCUUCUUAUCCACCUGUGAAUUUUUUUGUUAAUCGGUGCAGACAUCUGUUUUUUUUUCUUAAAAUAUUCCUUCUGCUACUAAUGAACGGCUAACGUAAAACACAGAGGGUACACAUAUGCAUAUAUAUAUAUAUAUAUAUAUAUAUAUAUAUAUAUAUAUAUUUGCGAAAUCUUUUGAAAGGUUAUUAAAUAUAUAACAAUAAUAGUACGGUAAUAUGAUUUUGUCUUUGACUCCAUUUUUUCUUGUCACUGUCCACAUAAUUUUAUUAUUAUUCAAAGUCUAAGAAGAAAUUUCCAGUUAUUUUAUUAAGAUCUCUUGUUGUAACUAGCGUUUUUAGUGUUACCGUUUUAUUUCGAUUUUUCUUUUCUCUUAGUAGUAACGUAAUGUGUUACGAACAUGCAAUGCAAAUUUAUAUUUUUUAUCAAAACUACUAUUAUUAUUAUUAUUAUUAUUAUUAUUAUUAAAAUAUGAUUUGAUUAAUUUGUUAUCGUUUUAGCUCUUCACAUUAUGACUGCAACUGUCAUUACAACUAAUACUGAUAGUAAUAUCCGUAAUAACUGAGAUAGUAUUACCAUGAUAAUUUGUUUGUGUUCGCUUGUUUUUUUUAAUAGCUACUGAACUUUUGCCGAACUUGAAAUAUCACAGAAGCAAUACAGAAUAUUGUAUUGUUGAUAAUCAUGAUAUUAUGUAGAUUGUUGUGCUUGGUUACCCUGUUAUUUUAAGUUAUUUUGUUGAGAUUAUUUUACAUUUGACUGACUUUUAUGUUGACAAAAAUCAUCUACGUUUCGGCUUAUUCACUCAUACACAUGUACACUUUCACGAUACAAUAUAACUGCAUAUAUGGGAUCUGAAUAAUGUAAUGAAAACUGUAUUCGGCGUUAUCAUGUUUUGUUUAUCUGUUCACUAAUCCGGUUACAUUUUGUUCUUGUCGUAGUCCGCCAAGUACACGUACAAAUGCACAAAUAAAUAUAUUGUUAUUCUGCACUCCUCCAUUGCAUUCUUUCCAUCUUUUAAACAUUUUAUGAAGGAUAUAUUUAUUUUUCAAUUUAAGUUUUCAACUGCAUGAUUUCGAUAAUCGUUAUUUGUAACCUCCUUUAUAAAAAAAAUAACACUGAGCCUUUUCCCGUUUUUACGUAUUUGUUCGUGUUUGAGUGUCACGAAGUACCAGGAGAAUAUUACUGGUAAUGUUGUUUUCACUCUCCUCAUCUCAUCAAUGCUGUUAUCAUAAUUAUUAUAUUGUCGCAUUAAAGCAAAAUGGCAAUGUAAAAAGUACAUUAUAUAUAUCCUGUAAGUACGUCUUUUCGAUUUUUGUGUAUGAGUACGGUCUGAUUAUCGUGCUAUACUGACUAGUAUACACGAAAUGUAUUUAGAAUGAGAUGCGUCUUUUGCCUUUGUAGUCCUCUACCUCCUAUUUAUCUUUCUUUCUCGAAUUUACUUUUCUUAUAGCACAAAUACCAACAACUGCAUUAUAUUACAUUUACCAAUGUACACUUUUUUAUAAUCAAUAUAGUCUGCAUGCACUAACAUUAUGCAGCUUUUUUAUAUUGAAUAUAAAUGGACUAACAAUAAUCAUUUCAUCGUCGUAUUGUUCUUCUUCAUGCUUUUGUUUCUGUCUAUUUCAUGAUUGUGUAAACAGGCGAAAAUAAAGAAUGAAAUUCAACUUGUAUGUCGUUUUUUCUCGUGAUUAAUCUUGGUCUGUAUUCACUUUGCAUCAUUUAUAUGUAUAUUAAUAUUGCAAUUAAUUAUGAUUGCUACUUAUAUAUAGCAAAUGUUUUCUCAUUCAAAUAGAUAACGUAAUUCUUUUUCCCAAUUCUAUUCUAUGUAGUCACUAUUUUAUUUCUAAUGAAAAAUAAUCAAUUGUUAGUAAUAAUUGCAUACAAACACUCAUUACCUCGCCUAUUAAGACUUAGUGAGGACUUCUUUCACACUAUUCGAUAUUUUUUACUGUUAAUACACUAUCAAUUCUUUGAUAAGGUCCCAGUCCACUCGAAACUCUCAAAAAUCGGCGAAUUUACUACUUAUAUUAAUUAGACAACAUUAGUCGUUGUUGAUUAAAAAUUAGACAGUCGGUUAUAGUCAAUUUAGGAAUUAGCGCAAAUAUAUAUCAGUCUAAUUUAUGCUAUCUCACAUAGGCAUAUCUAGAAAUCAAAGUAGAGUAUUCUGUCCUCAGAUAAUAUACACAGUAAUCUAAACCUAUACUAUUAUCCUUACAACUUACAAAGACUGGGUAUCCUCAUAUGUCUUGCUUCCGUAUGCCCUUUAUAUAAUUCCUAGUCUCUAAUUAUGAUUAUAAUGCCUGAUUAGGACAUUAGUUUUCAGACAAUAAGUAACUCGGGAUUAGCAAGUUAACAUAACUGUUAUAACAGUACUCCUCUAAUAAAUUUAAAAUAACUCAUUAUUCCAGUAAAAAUACAUCUCUUGAUGCACACUACCUGAAAAUCAUAUCAAAAGUGAUAUUCAGGUUUUACUAACCUUGUUACUCAACUAUAACUUUUUUGUAAAUCCUUGUAAAUUGAAGUAAAGAUUGACUUACGUUAUCGAAUGAUAUUUGCAUGCGACUCAGAAACCUAAUGAAGCGCCUGACUCAUUCAAGACUAAAUAACUAACUUGAUAAAAGAAUUAACCAUAAUUCCCUCAGUAAGGAAAAAAUUAUCUCCAGUCAUUUCCUGAACUAAGUAUAUCCUGCUUUACUCCACUCUACUGAAUGUGUGUAACACAUUUAACUUCUAAACAACAAAAAGAAAGAAGUGGUUAAUCAAGCGUUGUAAUAAU